GUAGAGAUAUCGUCACUACUGCUCUUGUUGGAGACUGGUAGUCACUGACUGGGGGAGUUUCAGUGGGUAGGUACUACCGUCUUUGCAACUAAGGUUGAUGGCAGACAGUUACCAGAACGACAGGCAAUAACAACACCACGAUGCCUAUAACUACAACAGUCUUUAUUCUCAGCCUCGUCCUUUUCACCAGCGCUAUCGCCUUCGUUAUCACCAUUACUAUUCCACAAUGCUAGACUCCACAGAACUAAAAGCCAGCCUCCUAGCCAUGCCAAUCUUAUACCUCCACCAUCCAGACCCCAAGUACAUCUCCCCCCUUUCCAUCCCCCAACGAAAACUCACAUCAAGAGAGCUAACAUUAGUAAAGCGAAAGAGGCUACAACAUUGUAAACUGCAUGAUCAGCACCCCACCCACACGCAUCCCCGUCCACGAGCAAAAACUCGCCGCGUGCUCCCCUCUCCUCCGGCGCUUACUGUCCCGUGCCCCCCGGCCCAACAUCCGCGGCGGCCGCAUUUUGAAAUUCGAAAAUGUAGAGGUGCGCACGUUUGAGGCAUUUGUGGAGUGGCUGUAUGGGAACAGUGGAACCAGAAUGGUUCGCUCUAAUACUAGUAGUGUGACUAAUACUACUACUACGGCUUGUGGCGGGGAUAAUGAUGAUGAUGGUGGUGGUGAGGAGGGGGUAGUAAGCGAGGCGCUACGAGCAUUUGCAAGAGAAUACGAAGUUGCGUUUCUAGUGGAGGAGGAGGAGCAGGAGGAGCAGGAGAGUGGGUGUGCGGGGUUAGAGUCUAGGAGGGCAUGGAGAGAUCGAGGGGGUGCGUGUUGGAUCGAGGGGUUGAUUUAGGGGGGGGGAGAAAUGGGGAAAGAGACAAGUGCUAAAGAUUGUGGGUAGGAAGACGGGAAACGACGAGCCGAUUGACCGUCGUUGCGAGGAUGAUUCGGUAUGGCGGUUGAUUCGGGGGAAAGGAAAAAAAAGAAAAGGGCAAAGAGGGGGACUACUGUAUGGUUGUGUGAGACACUACACUUGUUUCUCAACGGUUGGGAGGGG